CUGAUGUGUUGUGACGCUGUGGAAAAGUAUCAGUAAGUCAAGUGGGACCUGGACUGCAAAGUAUAUAUAUUUUCUCUGAAGACAUCCUGUAGGAGCUGCAAGUAUUCAUAUUUCAAGAACUGACAUCACUGCAAGUUCUCCAUGGGUCUGCAGGAGCUUGGCAUCAGCCUUUCAAUGACCGGUGUCGCUGGGACCCUUCUGAUCUGUGCUCUGCCCAUGUGGAAGGUGACAGCAUUCAUCGGCACUCAUCUGGUGGUUAUGCAGGUGUUCUGGGAGGGUUUGUGGAUGACCUGUGUCAGUGAAUACACAGGUCAGAUGCAGUGUAAGCUCUACGAUGCUCUUCUGGACCUGUCUCCAGACCUCCAAGCAGCCCGUGGCCUUAUUUGCAUCAGCUUGGUUUUGGAAUGUCUGGCAUUCCUCAUCUUUCUUUUGGGGGCGCGCUGCACCAACUGCCUGGGGCACCCGCAAAUCAAAGCUAGGGUGGUGUUGAGCUCUGGAGCAAUCUUCUGCCUGGCAGCUCUCACCUCUAUAGUUCCUGUUUCUUGGACAGCCAACUCCAUCAUCAGGGAUUUCCACAACCCUCGAGUCCCUGAGGUGCUGAAGAGAGAGCUCGGAGCAGCCAUAUACAUAGGUUUUGUGACAUCUGGGUUGUUGUUCUGUGGGGGAGCCAUUUUGUGCACAAGCUCUCCCCCCCAUAGAGACAGGUUCCCCUCUAGUGGGUACACACUGGCCAAGGCACCCACACGUAGCAGUUACGCCAUCAAGAACUAUGUGUGAAGAUAAGAUUGAAGACUAAAUAAGAUUGAACACACAUGUCAGGGUGCGUCUGAGUGAAUAAAAUGAAUGAAGUUACCACUUUAGAAUAAAUGUCUUGAACUUACAAUCUUGAACUCUUUGGAUAAAAACCUAUUAGUCAUUUGAUAAUUCGAAGAUGGAAGCUAUUU